AUGACAAGACCACUGCCAGAGUCCAUACCACUCCCGAGGCACACCGGACUGGGUCCCCCAACCCCAGCGUCUCUGGGCUCCACCCACCAAAGUCUUCUCAGUCGGCCCUGCCCCUUAAGCAAGCAGCCCAGUCCCUGCCCUUGCCAAUCACCCCAGGGUGACAUUGGGUGGGUGACUCCUGGGGAUUCCUGCUCCAUUACUGGGCCCUCACCUCCUGCCGCCCCAAACUCAACCUCCCUGGUCUCUUUGGGCUCGCGUCUCCAAGGACCUCGGUCCCCCAUCCUCAGGCUCCGCCCAUGCCAGUCAUCCCUGCGUGACUUUGGGCUGGUGACUCCUGGAGCUCCCUGCUGCAGACUCUGCCCUCCCCUCCUGCUGCCUCAAGAUGGACCUCCCUGGGCUCUUUGCACUGGCAUCUCCAAGGAGCUGGGUCCCAACCCUGUGUUUCCCUCCCCCAUUGUGGAGCAGCAACUCGGACAUUGUGCUGAUGUGGUCCCUCCCCCCGACCAGGAGGAGUGGAAUGUAGUGAUGUCACAAUCCACCUAGGAACUGUCAUUACUGCAAGACCAGCCUUUGAUCUUAUGACCCAGUCCCCUAAGCGUUGUCACCCCAUUUCUGAUUCCUCUGGUCACAGCACAAAUUUCCAGCUGCAAAGGGAAUGGAGAU